AUGAACUCCUCUUAUUCCCCGCGACCAGUCGUUAUUCCGACCUCUCUCCCUCCAUCAACAUGGUUUGACCCCUCCUCAAUUAGUGCACACCCAUCAGCCAAUGCUUUUACAGAUGACCACCGACGUACCAUUCUGUUGCGUGGGAUUAAUGUUUCGGGCGACGCAAAAUUUCCCCAAAACAAUCCCCUCGCUAGGACACCUGAAUUUUACAAUGUUGAUAACGUGAGCUAUGUUGGGAAACCUUUUGGAUCGGUGGAUGAAGCGAAAGUUUGGUGGAGUCGGCUUAAGGGUUGGGGUGUUGGUGUUGUGAGAAUGGUUGUGUGCUGGGAGGCUUUAGAACCAAGAGAGAUGGGUAAAUAUGAUGAGGAGUAUAUCGACUUUCUGAGAGUAAUUUUAGACAAAGCAAAUGAGGUUGGGCUAUUAGUCUUCAUUGAUGGUCAUCAAGAUGUGUGGUCCCGUUUUACCGGGGGUUCCGGUGCUCCCUUAUGGACAUUUCAUCUUGCUGGGCUCGACCCUUCCGUCUUUCCUACUACCUACUCGGCAGCUCUCGAUUCUGCAGACACAAGCAGUCAUCAUUCAACUCCCUCUGGCCGUCUUUGGCCCACCAACUACUCCAAGUUCGGUCCUGCUACCAUGUUUACACUCUUUUUCGCCGGCGAAAUAUUUGCACCCUCAGCAAUCUAUGAGGGGCCAAUUCAAGAGUUCCAGGCCAAGAACAUUGGCCAAGUACUUCGUACAGCUUAUGUGAGAGCGUAUUCCCAUCUUGCCUCGCGAUUGAAAGAUUUACCAAAUAUUUUGGGAUUUGAUGCCAUGAACGAACCUCAUCCUGGAUACAUUUCAUUGCCAAGCCUGCAUCGAUUCAACGAAAAUACCGACUUGCAUCUUGGAUAUAUGCCUAACGCAUUGGAAGGCAUGUCACUGGCCGCGGGUAUCCCAACUUCAAUAGGGUACUUCUCAAGAUCGUGGCCGCAUCCUUCCAAGAGGACGAAGAGUGAAGUUCUUAACAAAGAAUGUAAAUCCGCGUGGCUACCAGGGAGGAGGGAUAUCUGGCAAGAAGAGGGCGUAUUUACCGUAGAUGAUGGGAAAGUUAAGUUGAGAUCUCGAGGAGAUAGUUAUUUCACGACAAAUCCUCGCACAGGUGAUAAAAUAGACUUUGAGAAGGAUUGCUACGUCCCAUUCCUUCGCUCAUUUAUGCAAAGUGUCAGGGAGGCAGUCAAAGGAUACAGCGCUGGUAGAUGGAUGUUUAUCGAGCCCAUUCCAAAUCUUGAACCACCCGUUUGGAAUGGUGAUGGGAUCAAAAAAACGGCAGAGCAGAACAUAUGCUACUCGCCACAUUGGUAUGAUAUCCGUGUUCUAUACGAAAAAGGCCUCUGGUAUGGUGUUACUUUUGAUGUUUUAUCACUUGCUGCUGGCUCUCGGAAUCUUUUCAAGCAUACUUAUUUUGGCCGAGAAGGACUCACGGCUAAUUAUACAACUAACUUUGCCCGAUUCGCCUCACAUUUGUCUACUUUCCGUCCCUCGCCAUCUUCCCACACUCCAAUUCUCAUAGGGGAAACUGGAAUCCCAUUUGAUAUGAACGGGCAAAAUUCAUACGUUACCGGUGAUGUCCACAUGCAACUUUCGCAACUCGACUCCAUAUUCCGCGGAAUGGAAAAAUCGCUUCUCAAUUGGACGGUGUGGAAUCUCACUCUUUCCCACUCAACUACUGCAACCGAUAUGACUACACCAACGGCCAAUGAAACGGGUGCUGUAAUCCAAUCCGGCGAUGGAUGGAACAGCGAAGAUUUCUCCCUUGUUUCUCUUUAUAACCCAAACACCGUUGAAGUUCCUCUCGAGCCCUCACAUGUUGGCCCAACCAAUGGAGGAGUGCCCCUGACGCGGGCUCGUAGCUUCGGGGGUCUCUACCUCGGAGGGAGGCUGUUGCCAGCUCUUCUUCGCCCGUAUCCCGCUAAGACAGCAGGGAAGUUAAUUUCUUCUCAUUUUUUGAUGGAUAGCAAGAAUUUUCACAUGGAAUUCGUGGGAAACGCAUCCGGGAAAGAGAUAGAGCGCACAACAGAGAUAUUUAUCCCUGCCUAUCACUUCUCCGGGCAAAGAUGUUUGGUGACGAUCAGCGAUGGCAAUGAACAGGAGUGGGUGGUGAAUAAGCCUAGCAUGGACGCGAAAAUCGAGGGAGGUGUUGAAUGGAGGUGGAGAGAAGAGGAACAAGGGAUGACAGUAGUACACACAACCUCGGGGGGGCUGAUAACUAUCGAAGUCAGGGUUCUGGAAAGUGUGGAGAGUAGCAGCUUUAUUGAGAAUUUGGUUGGAGGAUUUGUGUAA